AUGGCCGCGGCAACAGCACCAACGGCGCCGACUGUGGCAGCGCCAACAGCACCCACAGCUGCACCAGCAGCACCAACACCACAGCUGACCGCUUACCAUGAAUUUUUCGGCAACACCACUUUGGACCCCCAUCAACAAGACUACCAAGCGCUCAUGCGAGCCUACAGAGUUUACGACACUCCUACACCUGCUCAAUCGUUGUACAACAGCGCCGGACUGUCUACCUCCGCUUAUCCCAUGGUCUACCUGUCGCUCAUCAAUGAGAAUGGGAAUUUGUUCUACCUAUUGGUCCAUGCACCAGCCUUCUACAAGUCACUGCCUGGGGUCCCAAGCCGCUGCGAUGGAAAGGCCUACGCGUUCACCGGCGAUGUGGCUGCCAACACCAUCACCACUAUAGAAUUUCCACAGGACGCCUUUAUGUCGCCAGGAACUGGAACAGAGGAAAACGUCCCAAAGGAUCUGGAGCGAGCUCUGGACAUUCUCCAGCUCAAUCCGGACGACUCCUCCAUUGGACCUUUCCAGGACACGGAUGCCAACAUCAAGCAAGCAAAGACCCGUCACUACAUCCCUUUGCCACACCACUAUGUGCAUCUGGUUCUGGGACGCCACGUUCCAGUUCGGAAGGGUUUCAUCGACUUGGCAGCAGCCAUCAAAAACACUGGAGACAAAAUUGAGUGCCCUGAGCUCACCGAUUGGCUACUACUGUCACUGGUUAGAGCAGGAGCGGGCGCUCCACCAACUCUUGCAACAACAUUGCCUGAUAGACCUUUCGAUGAUGCAGCGCUCAAGGUGCAACGCCGAGAGCUGUUGGAACAGCAUCUUCCAGGCCUGAAGGAAGCUUCACUUCCGUCCAUGCUAGGAAUUCAGCAGAGCCUGGCGCAAUCAGUCAACGAACUGGUCCGAACCCAAAAGGACGCCCAGACCGAAGCGACAGCACGAGAAGCCAAGGCCAAGGCCCCCAGGAGUGUGGACGAAUUCUUUGGUCCCAUGCUCCACAAGCUCCUCAGCAUCCUCCACGUGCAAGACACUAGCCAGUCCCAAGGGAGCAGCGAAGCAACAGGGGGAUUCGGAAUUGUACCCAUUGUCACUCCGGACUUGGUGAAGAAAGUGAAGGCGGUGAAACUCGGUGGCAACAACACUGACAACCUGGAAGAAGGAAUUCACCCUUUCUCUAUUGUCCUGCCGUCCUAUGGAGGCUCCGAUGUUGGAGUGACCAAGGCGGCCCGAGAAAGGGCAGCAGCUUACGCGGAAGUCCACGGGGGAUCAGGGGCCUCUCUACAAGACGCCAUCGCCUUGAGAAAGCCUACUGUCCACAUUCCGGACACCUUCUCCAAGGCACAAAGUCAUCUCAUGGGCCUACUAACCUUGUGGCAAAUCCGACAGCGCUCCGACAGCUGGAUUGCUGCGCUUCCUGCCAACUACCGGAGCGAACCAGCGGCCCAAUUACCUACAGCUCCAUGGAACAGGGGAUACCUGCCUUACAUGAUGCCCCCCGACAUGGUCCCAAUGGCUUCUGACAGCUCCGGUGCCUCAAGUCUCACACCUCAUUCCUUGGGGUAUCCUCCAUUCUUCAAUGGUUUCUUUCCACCACAGGGUGGAGGAAUUAAGCCAGGCGAGGAUGACCCAAAAUCCAAGGGAAAGAACAGCCUCCAAGUGAAGAACUCUACACAUGUUCCAGAGCUCACCCAGUUCCGGAAAUUGGCCCUUGCCACCGCUGUCUCAAAGGCCGAGCAGAAAGCUGGAUCUCCGCCGCCUGAGAUCACCCACAAUGGCACCAAGGUGCAAAUGUGUGUCGGUUAUCACGUCAAGGGAAAAUGCUGGGAAAAGUGUCCUCGAGCGGCGGACCAUGUGGCCCACUCCGCACAAGACACAGCAAAGCUUGUCGAGUGGUGCAAGAAAGCUUACGCUGAAGAAUGA